CAACUCAUGCAAUUAAUUGAAGGUUCGGUGAUUAAUUCAUCGUCAAUGAUGUAAGGGUAGAGGACGAAGCUCUUCCUAUAUAAAUGACUUUAUGUUAAGCAGAUGGCAGAAGUAGAAAAAAAAGAGAGUUCAUUAAUGGCGGUGACGCAAAACGGAGUGAAGGUGGCGACGACGGAGGAGGAUCGCCGGAAAGCAUUCGGUUUGGCGGCGAGAGACAACUCCGGCGUUCUUUCUCCUUUUCAUUUUUCCAGAAGGGAAAAUGGUGAAGACGAUGUUACCAUCAAGAUACUGUACUGUGGCAUUUGCCAUUCAGAUCUCCACCAGCUGAAGAACGAGUGGAAGAACACCAUAUACCCUUGUGUUCCAGGGCAUGAAAUUGUUGGCGUCGUCACCGAAGUCGGCAGCAAGGUUGCAAUGUUCAAAAUUGGGGACAAAGCAGGCGUGGGCUGCUUGGUUGGCUCCUGCCAUUCCUGCGAGAGCUGCAACCAAAACGAGGAGAACUAUUGCUCCAAAUUCGUCCUCACCUACAAUUCCGUCUGCGCUGAUGGCGCCAUCACCUAUGGAGGCUAUUCUGACAAGAUAGUCGUCGACCAGCACUUCGUGGUGAAGCUCCCCGAGAACUUGGCCAUGGACAAGGCGGCCCCGCUGCUCUGUGCGGGGAUCACCGUCUACAGCCCCAUGAAGAACUUGCAGCUCAAUGAGCCAGGGAAGCAUCUCGGAGUUGUCGGACUGGGCGGCCUCGGCCACGUUGCCGUCAAAUUCGGCAAGGCUUUUGGGAUGAAGGUCACGGUAAUCAGCACUUCUGUAAAGAAGAGAGAAGAAGCCAUUGAUCGACUUGGAGCUGACGAGUUCCUUGUCAGCAGCGAUCCUCUGCAGAUGCAGGCUGCAAUGGGAACAAUGGAUGGAAUCAUCGAUACAGUCUCUGCAAAGCACGAUCUCGUGCCAUUGAUUGCUUUGUUGAAGACGAAGGGGAGGCUAGUUAUGAUCGGAGUACCAGAGCAUCCACUUGAGCUUUCUGUUGGGCCUCUGGUAUUUGGAGGGAAGACAAUAACAGGGAGUCUGAUAGGAGGAAUUAAGGAUACGCAGGAGAUGAUAGAUUUUGCAGGGAAGCACAAUAUAACUGCGAAUAUUGAGCUCAUCAGUGCGGAUUAUGUCAAUAAGGCCAUGGAGAGACUCGCAAAAGCUGAUGUAAGAUACAGAUUUGUCAUUGAUAUCGGCAAUACGUUGAAUGGUGCUUUUUAGGUCGAGACUUGAGAAGUGAAGAGUAUUUCCAUCCAAGCAUUGGGAAGGAGGGAUUGUUUCUUUGUCCUUGGAGUAGUCCUAUUUUGGAGCUUGGACAAUAUGUGGUUGGCUAUGAAAUGUUGCAUCUUGACAUCUAUUUUGGACAGAAAAUGAUGCGGAGCAUUGUAGCUUAAAUCUUUCCUUAGACAUAUGUUAUCUAGUUUGUUACAAACUCGUUAUAGGAUUCUAGAAGUUUCUAGUUUUCUACAUAAUUAUUAUAUAUAGUAUGAUGUAAGAAGAGUUGAGAUAUUGAUGAAUAUUAUAUGAAUUGAAGCCUUUGAGCUUGA